AACCAAUCACAGGAGCGGCUUCUGCGCCGCUUUAAAGUUUACUUCACAGACUGGAGAAGACCAUGGCAAAGAAACUGGUGAUCAUCGACACAGACUGCGGCAUAGAUGACGCCCAGGCCAUCAUGAUGGCGCUGGCAGCACCUAACAUUCAGAUCCUGGGCGUCACCUGCGUGUUUGGGAACGCAGCAGUUGAGAACGUGUGUCAGAACGUUUUGAGGGUUCUCUCCGUCUGUGAGCGAGAGGGGAUCCCAGUGUUUCGAGGUUGUGGUGGUCCUCUGGUCGGAGACAGUAACUCGAGUAGUGACCACUUUGGAGGUGAUGGACUCGGAGAUGUGAUCGCAGACAAAGAUCCACAGUGGGAGGAGAAAAUCCAGAGGGAGCAUGCGGUCAAUGCAAUGAUUAGACUGGUGUCUGAAAACCAGAGCCAGGUCUCCCUGGUGGCCCUCGGCCCGCUCACUAAUCUGGCUCUGGCCGUCAGAUUGGAUCCAAGUUUUCCUCAAAAGCUCAAACAUCUGUUCAUCAUGGGUGGAAACAUGGAAGGAAAAGGGAAUUUGACGCUAUGUGCAGAGUUUAACUUUGCAUUGGACCCGGAGUCUGCCCACAUUGUCCUUGAAGACUUUCUGUGCCCUACACACAUUGCAUCAUGGGAAUACUCGUGCAGACACGCACUGACAUGGGAGUUCUUUGAAGAGCUGAUGGAACAGGACGCACCUGCUGCACGCUUUAUGAAGACCAUAACAUCUAAAUGCUGGGCCUACUCCAAAGAGGCUAUGAAGACAAAGAGGGACGUGUACUUCAGACCUGGCUUCGUCUCUUAUGACGCCUAUGCAAUGGCGGCCUGCAUCGACGGCAGCGUGGUGACGGAGAGCAUCGAGUGUCCUGUCCGUGUGGAGCUGCAGGGGUCAAUGUGUCGCGGCAUGAUGGCUCUGGAUCGCACUAAUAAGCUGAAGAAGAGUCACAGUGUGUUUGUUAUGUCUAAAUGUGACGUGGCCAAGUUUAGUCAGCUACUAAUGGAGUCUCUAAGACAACCGUGUAAUAAAUAAUCUUUGGUGUAAUUCGAGGAAAAUAGAUAUCUGGCUCAUACAGGCGUGAGAAAUAACUUAACUUAAAUAAUUUAGACCGAAUGGUUUCAUGAGUAUGACCAUGAUGUGAAUCAGAUGCUGUGACCUUCAGUUAGAAAUGAAGAAGACGUUAGACAGCGCUCUCCACCACCAUCAUUCACGCAACUCUUUCUCUAAUUUGUCACCGAUGUGUAAGUGUGUAGAUGCAAAUGGAAUGAAAUCACAAAAAACAAGA